CAUACAUAGAUGCAUGUACUACAUACUGCGUGUACACGUAUGCCACAGUACAUGUAUAUGUGCUUUAUAUAUUUGCCGUGCGAUUUAUCCUAAGGCUAAAGCCUAAAGCCCACACACAUUCAGGACUUUCCCACGACCUAACUCAUGACCUCUCUCCAACCAAUGUCGGCGCUGGGUUGUGAGAAGCAUGGAAUAUAUCCCAUUUUAGCUCAAGUUGGCUCUCCUGAUUGCAUCCAAGCAGAUGCUAACUUUGAAAGAUUUUUUUUCAAAUUCAUGGUUGGCUUGCGCAGGCUACUUUAAAAAGACAGUUAGGCAACCUUGCUGACUAACUCCCAACCCCAAACGACCUUGCGCACUACUAGAUCCCAACCGCUGUCGGCUAUGAGUGACAGGGGCUUUAGCUUAGUUGUUAAUUGAGGUAGCUAGUCGUAGAAUGAUAUAUUGUGUUUCAUCCCACUUCAGGCACUAUCACAUGUAUACAGGAGUGGUGGUUCAACCGGGUGUUAGUUCGUGAGGGGUCAAUGAUCAGUGAGAGCGUACCUGUGCGUGUACGUGUUUUGAAUACUUUCAUACAUGACGGAUGAUUACAACGGAGAGAAAAAUCAUUAGAAAAGUUGACGUAAAGUCCAAUUUUAUUCGCAAGCCCUGAUUUUUCUGAGUCAACAGCAGUACGGGAAGCUUCCUUUGGAUACCAACUCAGCGAAAAGUGAGCCAAGAUUCCAGGUACACCCAAUGUCUUAAGAGGCAUAUAAAACAUUUUGAAUGUGAUCUUAUAAGUAUAUAAAGUUCGAGGAGGUGUGUCGAGCACGUAAAAUCAGCAUCAUUACUCAAAAUUGGGUACAUACUGGCUGCAAAUAAUACAACAGAUGAAUUACUAUUAUAAACAUCGGGAAUUCGGGUCGAAAUCACCACAGCAUGACGUUUCCACCCCACAAAGAAGCCUGAGGCUAGCAUUACCACGUGUUUUCUUGCAUAUUUCCAGCUUGACGUAAACAUUUCCGAAGCCAAUUGGAGUGACCUCGUAGGACAUGUGCGUAAUAAUAUGUGAUGACUAAAUAGGCGUGGUUGCCCUGACCGAACGUGUUCUAUCCGUGGUCUAUCAAUCUUUUGGGCAGGCAGUUGAAGGUUUUACAGAUACGUGAAACGUUCACGAGACGAUGGGGGCAUACGAGAGCACAGGACACGCCGUCUUCACCUCUUUGGAGCACGCCCCAAACACCAACCGCACGGCACGCAACGUACUCAACAGGUGCGGCAUCUGCCACAAAGUGUUGACGCUGUCCAAGAGCCUGCGCUGUUCCGAUAACUUCUGUGAGAGCUGUCUGGAGACUUACGCGGACGGUAAGGCCGCCAUAAUCUGCCCGACCUGCGGCGAUGCCUCCGCGCUGCCCCCGGGAGGUGUAGUGAACCUCCCCGACAACCUGUGGAUCCUCCCGACGGACUCGGGAAACCCGAUCGGUGAUCCGGUUGGAACCGACGAGCAAGCCUUCACUGUCUGUUCUGACCAUUUCGGUGGACGAGGCGCAUUCUUCUGCAAAGACUGCGACAGGGUCGUCUGUAGCCUGUGCGUGGCCUCAGGGCAGUGUCCUCACGGACCGACACCGAUCAGCGACACCAUUAAGCGAAAGAAACACGAACUGCAGAAGACCCUGGUGAAGUGGCGAGAACAGGCGUCGGAGAGUACGUCCGAACUUUUGCAGGAUCUGGACGACACCGUGGGGAAACGGGUCACCGAUGGUCUCCAGGCAGGUAAGGAGGCGGUGGAGAAAAUCUUCAAGGAGAACGAUUUGAAGGAAAGUGAGCCCGGGUCUCAGCAUCAGCAACAGGCCAAGACGCCGAACGAUGUGAGAAUCUUACUACUUGGAGACAGAGGAAGUGGCAAGACUUACGUCAUGGGAAAGUACACCGGCCUAGCGGACGGUGACCCCGACUCUACCCUGUCCAUCGACUUCUGUCGGAAAGUGGUGGAGGUUGAUGGGAGAAAAAUCAACCUUCAGCUAUGGGACACCUCUGGCGACGCGAGAUUUCGGUCCGUCAUCUCGCGAUACUUCAGACAGGCUGACGCGGUGGUUCUCGUCUAUGACGCAUCGCACCCAGAAUCCUUCGAGAAAGUCAAAUGGUGGAGAGACGACUUUCUUACCAUCACAGCCGCUAGUAACGCCGACAAAAUGUUCUUAGACGCCGAUCACAAUAUCAACAAAGAAACCGGGAAGGACGAUACCUCUCCAUUCAACGAAAUCCUCGAUGAUUUGAAGACAACGGCUGAGAAGACGUCCAAGAAGGUGUCAUCAGCUCUUGACGAGUUUGUGGACUUCGUCAAGACGAGCGUUAGCGAUUUGGAAGAGGACCAAAGUCACCCGAACAGAAACGCUGCAGGUAAAGAUGCCAAAAGGGACACAGAUGUCACAGAUCUGGAUACUUCUGAAACGACAGCAACCGACGACAGAGCCGGUCCUAAUGUUACGAUGGAGACCGAGGCUCAUGAAGGGGUUUUGGACACCCAAGAGACAACAGAUGUGCCAUUCAUCGUCAUUGGAAACAUCAAGUUCAGAAGCUCUGAUGACACACACGAGGUUCAGCCCGGAGAGGCGCAGGCGUGGUGCGACAGUAAGGGUAUCCCGUACCUGGAGACGGACUGUCAGGAUCGCUCCGUGCUGGACUUCGCUUUCCAGACCCUCAUCAGGAAUGUGUUGCAGAACAGACAGCCGGAAAAUAACGUCAACUGAAUAGGGUGACGGAUAUGUAGUCUGCUGUACCGGAAGUUGUUUCUACUCAGGCCCUAAACUCCCAUAAAAUGUAAAGCCUACGAACGAAAAAGCUAAAGUUUUAGUAGCACACGACUUGUUAUUUAUGUAAGAUUCAAUGCUGUGAAAUUGCAACAAGUGAAAAGAAAUAUAACGACCCUCAUCAGGAAUGUGUUGCAGAACAGACAGGCUGAAAAUAACGUGAACUGAAUAGAGUGACGGAUAUAUAGUCUACUGUACUGGAAACUGUUUCUGCUCUGGCCCUAAACCCCCACAAAAUGUUCGUGCUAUACUACGAACGAAGAAGCAUUUUAGUGCAUUUUUUCGUUAGAACACGAUCUGUGAUUUAAGUAUGAUAUAAUGCGGAAUUCUACUUAGCAUAGAACUGAUAUUUGUUUGUCGCUGUUAAAGUUUACGUACAAGUCUAAGAAUUAGUAACAAGUGAAAAGAAAUAUAACGAUGUCUCUACAAUCUC